GCGGUUGGAGAGGAUCGACGCGGUCACCAACAUCACCAUUACGAAGUCCCUGUCAACGAGGUUCCCAUCAAGCGGCAUCCUCGAGGCCGUCUCGGCCAGUCCGGUCCUUUCCCGCAUGCCCGAUCUCUCCGUCUACCACCACCUGCUCUCGAGCCCCUUUCCUCUGGUUUUCGACCUCUCCCAUGACACCGACGACCGCAAAAAAGCAACGGCGGCCCCCGACUUCUCCCACAAGGCCCUCUCUGUCAUCUCCCCCUCCGCCGCCGCCGCCCCCACCUCGACACCUCCACCUUCUGCGGCGGCGGUGCAUUUCUCUAGGCCAGAGAAGGGGCGGUGGGACAGGUGGGAGAGGGGGGGCGGAAGAGAAAGGGUUAGGAUUUGUUUUUCUCACCGGAUAUGGAGGAGAAAGGAGACCGGGCGUCCCUACUCAUUUUCGUUUCGAUGACUUGUCGAGACUAGGUCGCGAUCGGACUGGAAGAGCUCGAGGUUUAUUAUGGCGUCAGCAGAGGGAAGUAUACAAUUGGGCUUGGCCAAGAUUGUAUGGCUUUUUGUACGGAAUUAGAAGAUGUGGUCUCGAUGAGCUUGACAGUUGUUAAAUCCCUCCUUGAGAAAUAUCAGAUAGAUCCAAGACAAAUUGGCCGAUUGGAAGUUGGAACCGAGACAAUCAUAGACAAGAGCAAAUCUAUAAAGACUUGGCUCAUGCAAAUUUUUGAGGAGUAUGGUAAUAGCGAUAUUGAAGGAGUUGACUCGACAAAUGCAUGCUAUGGAGGAACAGCUGCUUUAUUUAACUGUGUGAAUUGGGUAGAGAGUAACUCUUGGGAUGGACGUUAUGGACUAGUUGUUUGUACAGAUAGUGCGGUCUACGCAGAAGGACCAGCUCGGCCUACUGGGGGUGCGGCUGCAAUUGCAAUGCUUAUUGGGCCAAAUGCACCAAUAUCUUUCGAAAGCAAAUUUAGGGGAACUCAUAUGUCUCAUGCUUAUGAUUUUUACAAGCCUAAUCUUGCAAGUGAAUAUCCGGUUGUUGAUGGGAAGCUAUCACAGAUAUGCUAUCUCAUGGCUCUUGAUUCAUGUUACAAACAUUUUUGUAAUAAGAAUGAAAAUUUUGAGGGAAAACAGUUUUCAAUUUUUGAUGCUGAUUAUUUUGUUUUUCAUUCUCCAUAUAACAAGCUUGUGCAGAAAAGUUUUGCUCGGCUAUACUUUAAUGACUUCUUACGCAAUUCCAGCUGCAUUGAGGAGGCAGCAAGAGAAAAAUUGGAGCCCUUUUUAAACUUGUCUGGUGAUGAAAGCUAUCAAAGUCGGGAGCUUGAAAAGGCUUCUCAGCAAGUUGCAAAGCACUUGUAUGAUGCAAAGGUUCAACCAUCUACUUUAAUACCCAAACAAGUGGGGAACAUGUAUACUGCAUCGCUUUAUGCCUCAUUUGCAUCUCUUCUUCACAACAAGCAUAGCACCCUGGGGGGUCAACGGGUUGUGAUGUUCUCAUAUGGAAGCGGCCUGUCUUCAACAAUGUUUUCAUUCAAAAUUCAGGAUGGUCAACACCCCUUCAGCUUAUCAAAUAUCGUUAAUGUGAUGAAUAUAUCCCAAAAACUGGAAUUGAGACAUGUGUUUCCAACUGAAAAAUUUGCUGAGACAAUGAAGCUGAUGGAGAGAAGGUAUGGAGCAAAGGAUUUUGUUACAAGCAAAGACACAAGCCUUCUUUAUCCAGGAACAUUUUACCUCACUCAGGUUGACUCCUUGUACCGGAGAUACUAUGCCAAGAAGGGUGCAGAUGACACAACUGUUAUUCAUGCCAAUCGUUCAUUUGUAAAUGGUCAUUAAUGAUGCCUCUAAUUCUCAUACUAGAAGAAUUACAGAUAACUCAAGAUCUUUAUUUUUGCCCCCCUUUCUUUUAAACUAGGUUAGACUGCUAUGUCUAGCAUUUUGUAUAUAUUAUUCCAAGCUGGUAUUUUCAUUAAUUUUGGUAAGAACUCGGUGUUCUUCAUUGUUAAUGUAAAUUAGCUUUCCUGAUUUUCUGUCAUUUCACAA